AAACCGGAAGUUGAGCACUUGCUAAUCAAAACAAAAACAUUUGGAGCUUGUCAGUCAUGUCCGCCAGAGGAGCAGUUCAAACUGCGGGAUGAUGAAACAUUUAGGAGCGAACCGAACCACACAGAGCUGUAAACGGGGUUAAAUGGUUCCCGUCAGCCGGGACACUUUAGCAGCUUUUAGCUUACUUUAUGGCGUCCUCGGCCGCGGGUCUCCAAACGCCUAGCCCCGCCGCAUCUUCAUCCGGGGCUAAGCCGCCUCUUCCUCGCCAGUAUCCCCCCUCUGCCGCCUCCACCCCGGGCUGCGUGAUGGCGGAGUCGGUGGACGACGCCGAGGGUUUGUACGUGGCCGUGGAGCGGUGUCCUCUGUGCACCACGUCCCGCCGCAGGCUCAUCUGUGCCCGGUGCAUCCAGGCCGGAGACUUCGUGUACUUCGACGGGAGGAACGCCGAAAGAUACUCGGAGAAGGUGGGGCGGCUGAAGACGCUCAAGGAUGAGAAGGAGAAGCUGCAGCAAAGUAUUCUCCAGGCCAUGGACAGGAGCCUGCAGGCAGAUGAGAUGAAAUGGAAGAUCAUGCUGUGCAAGAUAAAGAUCGAGCAGCUGAAGGAGGCGGUGGCUUUGGGCAACGAGGAGGUGAAGAGCGACAGGGAGCUGCUCCUGCGCUCCCAGGAGGAGACUCUGCGGCUGCAGCGCCGAGCGGGGCGCCACCAGGAGAAAAGGGACAAGAUCGAGCGCCACAACCGGCGACUGGGGGAGCUGCUGGAGAAACGGACCCAGGAGCACCAGGGCAAACUGGUCCAGCUGGCGGCUCUGAGGCGGGAACACAUCCUGGAGCUCACCACGCAUAUUUUCCCCACGCAGGAGGAGAAGCAGGGCAGCAGAGAUCCCGCGGACGUGAUGGCAGAGUGCGACCCCGUGCUCACCUCCAGCACGGUGUCGGAGCUGGCUGAGGCCCGCAGAACCACCUACCUGUCAGGACGCUGGAUCUGGGAUGACCAGAAUGGGGAGACCAGCAUCAGCAUCACGGGAGCGCCGGUUGUGUUGCCUAGCAACGGCGAUUACUCCACCUACUACAGCUGGGUGGAGGAGAAGAGCACCAACCCAGGUCCAGAACUGGACCACAUUAACCCAGCUCACACCAUCAGUGCUGCCCUCUGCUACGCCACACAGCUCGUCACCAUCCUGUCUCAUAUCCUGGACGUCAACCUGCCCAAAAGGCUCUGCAACAGCGAGUUCUGCGGAGAGAACCUCAGCCGGUAUCGCUUCACCAGGUCUCUGAGCAAACUGAACACCAACAUCCUCCACCUCUGCUUCUCUCAGCACGUGAACAGCGAGAAGCUUCACCCUCAUCACACACUCAGGAACGUCAUGUUUCUGAUCGAUCCUGACAAUGACAACCUGGGCAGGACUGGUCCGUUUGAGGUGAGCGCUGACCUGGAGGAGUCCAUGGAGUUCGUGGAACCAGAGGCAUCGGGACCGACGGAGGAGAGCGGAGACGAGGCGGUGACGGACGAGGAGACGGACCUGGGAAUGGACUGGGAGACUGUGCCCAGUCCACGGUUCUGUGACAUCCCCUCUCAGUCCAUGGAUCUUUCCCAGAGUGCACUGCAGGUGUCCCAGCCGUCGGGUAACCCCGGAGGGAUGAUUUCGUCGGCCGCUGCCUCCGUCACUUCCUGGUUCAGAGCGUACACUGGCCAGCGCUGAUCCAAACCCAUCGCCAGAAGCUGAAGGCCGGUUUAGAGCAGGCGGUCCAGGUGUCGGGUCAGAAACGGACUUCAUAUUGUUUUUAUCUUUUUAGGGGGCUGGACUGCAGUUGGAUCCAGUUGGUCUGUCUGAACUUUUUUGCAAGUUCCAGAGCAGUUUUUAAACAAUCCGUGAUAGCAGCAGUUGUUCUUGAGCAGGAAGCUCACACUGAAACGUUUGGGUUCCAUUUCCUGUUGGUUCUGUUGGCCUUCCUGAGCGUCAUAUUUGUCUUCUGUGUGCGUCCACGUUUUAUUUUAACGACCGGUUGAAUGCACCGACUGAGCACUAAUUAUUAUUUUGACAUGUGAGCUGUUUUCUUCUGAUUCUGACCUAAAUGACUUUUCUGAUGUUUAAUAAACACGUAGUUCUUGUGUGACGUUGUCUUCAUUGAACGCCAUCUUGGGCUCAACAUCAUAAAACUCUUAACAGAUCAACUC